CAUGAUCAUGUGAUGUUACCAGGAAGUUUUAUGUUUUCAUCGCCACACUACAAGAGCCAUCGACAUAGUAAUCUUUUCUAGAAAAUAUUGCCUGUGUCAUUCAGUUAAACCAAAAAUGGAUAACUAUAAUAAACAAUCUUUGAACUCAAUGCCAGGUCCUGUUCCAGAUUUCAGAGGGAACGAUGGAUCAUUGGUGUCUGUACUGAAGACAUUGCUGUUUUUCACGGUCAUGAUGAUAACCCUGCCAAUAGGAUUAUAUUUUACAUCAAAAUCAUAUAUUUUUGAAGCUUCUGGGUAUUCCAGCAAUGACAGUUAUUUCUAUGCUGCCAUCGUGGCAGUGAUAGCUGUCCAUGUGGUCUUGGCCCUCUUUGUGUAUGUUGCAUGGAAUGAGGGCACCGGCUCACAUCAGACAAGAGAAGGAAAGCAGGACUAGGAGGAUCAGGCUGUGUGUGGACCAGAAGAGGGUGACCACAUCACUACCACCACACACAGAGAAGACAGUGAGGCUACAGCCUAGAGCCCACUGAUGCAGUGCAAUAGUGGAUGGUUGAUGUUCAGGAUUUAUAUGCUUGGAGAGGCACGAAAGUAUGCAAUGUGGUGUUCAGGCAUAAGAAUUGCUCAAUGAGUUUGUCCAGUUUCAGCAGUUAAAAAAUUAGGGACAACUAUUUUUAAGACAUGGGGCCCUAUUAAAUCUAACCUGGUAACAGGGCUUUGGGGAUGAGUCAAAAGCAUGUUUUUGGUAGGUUUUCUUAGGGAAGGGAAGAGCAUUAUAUUUUGGUGUUUUGCCAUAUGCCAUUAAGGUAAUCAAUCAUCAUUCAGUCAUUGUUUUGAAUCUAAAUACUUGAUAAACAUCUGUAGGUAUCAACCUAAUAUGAACACCUGUGGCUUUGAUUCAUCGGAGGUUAGAUUGUAUCAAAAUAAAGAAUAAUGGAUAAAAUAGA